GGUGAUUCAUUUGAAGAUAAUAUUUUAUGAUCAGUACAAAAGCCAGCAGAGCCAUUGUAGGCCGUGUGCUGAGAUUGGCAAGGAACAACAGCUCGUCGACGUCAGCACUGGCCUAUAAGAAUUUGCACAGAAACAAAAAAAGACCGCAUCUGCCUACUCUUGAUGCUCCAAAUUGGUCAGCAGGUGCAGCCGUCUCUUCAAUCAUCUACGAGACUCCACUUCCAUCCAAGGCUCCAAAAAAUCAGCAUGUGCUGAACUGCUUGGUUCAAAAUGAGCCAGGAGUGCUGUCGUUGGUUUCAGGAACGCUCGCUGCAAGAGGUUUCAACAUUGACUCAUUAGUUGUUUGCAACACCGAGGUUAAGGAUUUGAGUCGUAUGACUAUCGUCUUAGAUGGUCAAGACGCAGUCAUUGAGCAAGCAAGACGCCAAAUCGAAGAUUUGGUGCCUGUGUACGCUGUGCUAGACUAUUCUAACACAGAAAUCAUCAAGAGGGAGCUUUUAUUAGCAAGAAUCUCGCUUCUAGGCUCUGAAUACUUCCAAGAGCUUAUUGCUCACCACAAUGAGCAAGUCGAUGAGAUUCCUGAGGAUUUACACAAGUCUCAGUUCCACCCCAACAACUUGCCCCCUUCUCAAGCAUUGAGACAAAAAUACGAGCAUCUUGAUGCUAUUACUACUUUGACCAAACAGUUUGGUGGAAAGGUUGUUGAUGUGUCGGACAGAAAUUGCGUGGUUGAACUAUGUGCUAAGCCAAGCAGAGUGAGUGCUUAUAUCGCCCUGGUGCAGCCAUUUGGAAUCCUGGAAAUUGCCAGAUCUGGAAUGAUGGCUCUUCCAAGAACACCCCUGGAGGCUUUCUCCUCGGAAGAUGGUACUGAUCCAAGCAAAGAUGCGUCUGACGUUGUUGACGCUUCCCAGUUGCCUCCGGGUUGAUCAAAUAAGUAAGUCUAAAGGUAUAAUAAGAUUGGACACCGGGAUGUACCCAUUGAGAAUAAGUAUCUUCACACUUGCAUUUCCUUGAAGCCGUAAUUUUGAGUUACCAGAGAGAAUGAUUCUCUUUAUCACACCCAAAACGCCUUCGGCAUUGGGAUACAGCUUGACAAAUAACGUCAGGUCGGAUUGCGUCGUAUCGGUGAUCCGCACGCUAAAUGGAGCUAUUUGUACAGUACCCAUAGUCUUAUAAUCUCCCUUGGAUUCAUCGAAAACCGUCAUUUCAAGGUCGUCAACAGCAAGGUUGAGCUUCCGAAUUGUAAACCCUCCAAAUUUGAAGUAAGCCCUACUUAUAGAAUCCUCGAUAUGACUAUAGUUGUUAUAGUUUGCCCCUUUCACUUCCAGAAGUAUGCCUCCAUCAUCCUCCAUACCCAGAAGCUUAAUCUCAUCUGAAUCAAACUCAGUACCUUGAGCAACUAUAUCGCCUAAUUGCGGUUUGACUCUGAAAACAAAAGUAAAAAAAGCUGUAAAAAAGAAACUGGCAAUCAAAACCAUAGGAAUAUAAACGUCUAAACGGUAACGCUUCCAUGUUGGCUUUGAAGUGCGUUCAUUGUUGAUUGGUAG